UACGAGUCAUUUCGGAUAAUUUGUCAAUCAAGGCAUAAGUCUGGCCUCAAUUCGUUCGUUUCACGACGGACGACGAUGCAAUCAACGUAUCGCGAACAAGGGGCUGACGAGGAGGAACUGGACCUGGUUGGGGUUGAAGUGUCGUAUCCCAAGCUAUCCUUCCUGCAGCGCAUCUUUGUGGUCCUUCGUCCCCAAUGGCAGCGAGAAGCGAAGCAGUACUUGACGCUCCAAGAGUGCUCGGGGUCGUUGGGCGACCUCGGCACGUUCCUUCCACUUGUCACGGCGUUGUCCGUGACAAAGCAAAUCGCGUUCGGCCCAACUCUUUUCUUUGCAGGUCUGUUUACGAUGUCGUUGUCAACGUAUUUCGAAGUGCCGAUUCCAGUACAACCGAUGAAGACAAUCAGCGCGAUCGCAAUUGCCGAAAAGUACUCGCAAGCAGAGAUCGCAGCCUCGGGGCUUGUGAUCGGGUUGAUUUUGUUUGGUUUGGCCAUUACGAACGCGGUCACGUUGGUGGCCAAGUACGUGCCAUUCUCGCUCGUGCGCGGUGUCCAGCUCGGCGUCGGCCUCUCGCUGCUUCAGAGCGGCGUCAAGCAAGCGUAUGUCCACUCGUCGACGCUGUCUGUGAACAACGCUACGCUCGCGCUUGUCGUGAAGCGCAGCGCCACCGACCUCACGUGGUGGGGUGCCGACAGCAUUGUCGUGUCCAUCGUGAUGGUGCUGCUUUGCCUUGGCUUCAUGCACAACAAAAAGGUGCCCACUGCGCUUGUCAUCUUCGCGUACGGCGUCAUCGUCGCCGCCGUGCGCUACAACACCGAGCAAGACCGACUCAAACUACCCGCGUUGGUGUGGGGGCCAGACUUUUCUCACAUGCCGCCGUUCCCCCGUGCCGACGACUUUAAAAACGGAUUCCUUCAUAUGGUAUUGCCGCAGUUGCCGCUCACGUUGCUCAACAGCGUGAUUGCCCUCGAACAACUCGCGGCCGACCUGUUCCCGACCAAACCCCGCCCCGUGGCGUCCUCCAAACGCAUUUGCUUCAGUUUGGGAUUUGGGAACUUGCUCUUUAGCGGGUUUGGCAUGCUGCCCAUGUGUCAUGGCGCCGGAGGCCUCGCGUCUCAACACGCGUUUGGCGCGAGGAGCAACGUCGCGAUGAUGUUUCUGGGGCUGAUCAAGGUCACCGUGGCGCUGCUGCUCGGGUCGACCCUUGUGCAGCUGCUACAGGAUGGUAUCUUCCCCAGCUGCGUCAUCGGCGUGCUCGUCAUGUUUGCUGGUGUUCACUUGUCGAUAGUCGGGUUGGAUUUGGACACGCAAAAGAACAAGGGCGACGUGGUCGUGUUGCUGGUCACGGCCGCCGCAUCCCUUGCGAUUGAUACAGGCGUCGGCUUUCUCAUCGGCGGUGUCACGUAUUUUGUAUUGCGAUUCGUGGUCAACGAUGCCACGGCGUACAAAAUGCAAGCCCAGGGAUAGAACUCUGUUCAUGCAUUCAUAGUUUCCGCACGAUUUAGAGGAAUAGAAUGCUACAACUAUACAGUGUACUGUACUAAUAAAUAUUAAUAGUACUAUAGUAGUUAUUGCAAA